UGACCCAGCAAUUUGUGCUCAGAGCCCAGCGAGCCAACUCUGUCCUGGGCUGCAUCCAAAGCAGCAUGGCCAGAAGGUUGAGGGAGGUAAUUCUGCCCUUCUGCUCUGCUCUCCUGAGACCCACCUGGAGCACUGCUUCCAGCUCUGGACUUGCCCUAACACAGGAAGGACAUGGACCUGUUGGAGCAAGUCCAGAGGAGGCCGUGAAGAUGAUCAGAGGAGACUGGAGCACCUCUCCAAUGGAGACAGCCUGAGUCUGGAGAAGAAAAGGUUUGCUGGUCCUCUGAUACAUUUCAGAAUGCCACUGGUAAAAAGGAACAUAGACCCCAGGCACUUGUGCCACACAGCUCUGCCCCGAGGUAUCAAGAACGAAUUGGAAUGUGUCACCAAUAUCUCCUUGGCAAAUAUAAUCAGACAACUGAGUAGCCUAAGUAAAUAUGCUGAAGAUAUAUUUGGUGAGCUUUUCAAUGAAGCACACAGUUUCUCAUUUAGAGUCAACUCCUUACAAGAACGUGUAGAUCGCUUAUCUGUCAGUGUUACACAACUCGAUCCAAAGGAAGAGGAAUUGUCACUGCAGGACAUUACAAUGAGAAAAGCUUUCCGGAGUUCCACAAUUCAAGACCAACAGCUGUUUGACCGCAAAACUCUGCCAAUUCCUUUGCAAGAAACUUACGACAUUUGUGAGCAGCCUCCUCCACUUAACAUUCUCACCCCUUACAGGGAUGAUGGAAAAGAGGGUUUGAAGUUCUAUACCAAUCCUUCAUAUUUCUUUGACCUGUGGAAGGAAAAAAUGUUGCAGGACACAGAGGACAAAAGGAAAGAAAAGAGGAAGCAGAAGCAGAAAAAUCUAGAUCGCCCUCAUGAACCAGAGAAAGUGCCAAGGGCACCUCAUGACAGACGGAGAGAGUGGCAGAAGUUAGCCCAAGGUCCAGAGCUCGCAGAAGAUGAUGCUAACCUCUUACAUAAGCACAUUGAAGUUGCUAAUGGCCCAGCUUCACAUUUUGAAUCAAGAUCUCAAGCAUACGUGGACCACAUCGACGGAUCGUAUUCCCUCUCCGCGUUGCCCUACAGCCAGAUGUCUGAGCUGCUGAACAGAGCCGAGGAGCGCGUGCUGGUCAGGCCCCACGAGCCGCCGCCGCCGCCCCCCAUGCACGGAGCCGCGGAAGUGAAGCCCGUGCCUCCCGGUGUUAGUUCUGCCCCUGGCUUGGUAGAAAAUCGUCCUCAGUCACCAGCAACAGGCAGAACACCGGUGUUUGUGAGCCCCACUCCUCCUCCUCCCCCACCACCACCUCUUCCGUCUGCUUUGUCGACUUCGUCAUUAAGAGCUGCAAUGACUUCCACCCCUCCACCCCCAGUCCCACCCCCGCCACCCCCUCCCACAGCUGCUCUGCAGGCCCCAGCUGUGCCACCUCCACCAGCUCCUCUCCAGAUAGCUCCUGGAGUUCUUCAUCCAGCUCCACCUCCAGUUGCUCCUCCCCUAGCACAACCCUCUCCCCCCGUCACUAGAGCCGCCCAAGUGUGCGAAGCUGUACCCGUUCACCCAGUUCCUCCACAAGCUGAAGUGCAGGGACUUCCUCCACCACCCCCACCUCCUCCCCUGCCACCUCCUGGCAUUCGACCCUCCUCCCCUGUCACAGUUGCAAACAUUUCUCACCCACCUCCUGUUCUGCACCCUCCUCCCACAACCAUUGUCCCCAGUCCUCAUGCACCCAUAAUGCCUCCAUCUCCACCAUCCCAAGUGAUUCCUGCUCCUGAGCCCAAACGGCAUCCUUCAACUCUUCCUGUAAUCAGUGAUGCUAGAAGCGUUCUGCUGGAAGCAAUACGGAAAGGUAUUCAGCUCCGCAAAGUUGAAGAGCAGCGGGAGCAAGAAGCUAAGCACGAGCGCAUUGAGAAUGAUGUUGCCACCAUCCUCUCCCGUCGCAUUGCUGUGGAAUACAGUGAUUCAGAAGAUGAUUCAGAAUUUGAUGAAGUAGAUUGGCUAGAGUAAAAUUACCUUGCUGUACACUGCAAAACCGAAUGCUAAUGUCCAUUGUGGUGGUUGUUCUUUGAAAGUUUGAUGGUCAUUUCUAGUGUUUUUUGUAUUCUUUUCUUAACAUAAUUAAUCCAUGUUUUUCUACUUUUCAGUUUACAAAGAGCUCCUAGUGCAUCUUCAAAACUAAAUGUUUUACAGUGGCUCUUCUUACACAUCUCUUUUGAAAGAACAUACUUUGUUCCAAUAGACCACUAAGUAUUAAGCAUGGGCAGCUGUUGGUAGAGUAGCAGUUUCAAUUUUUUGGCAUAUCUUAACUGUGCACUUUGUGAAUUUUAAGUUGAUGAAGGCAACUGAGAUUGACAUUCCAAGGGCAGCUGUAUGUACUAAUGAGCCUUAUUCCACUCUUGAUAGUGUUUUAAAACAUUAAACCUAGCUAUCAAAAUAUCACUGCCUCGAUCACACCUGUACACUAAAAGUACAUAUAGUUAGCAGCACUGAACACACUGAGAAGCAAAUGGAUCUUUGGGGGGGGGGGCUGUUAUUAUUGUUUUAUUGUUGUUUUUAAAUAAUUAUGGCCUUAUUUGAAUGUUUAGAGAUUCCCCUUCCCUUCUUCCCUCCCAAGUACAUAUUGUGUGGUACUAUUUUUGCCUGCAUAAUAAAAGUUUAAAGGUUUUUUUUUUUUUUUUUCAUUGUGAAAUCUUUUGACUUAAACAUGCUGUGUAACUUAUGUAACUGUUAAAAUAACAGUUUGAUUUAAUAAAUGGUUCAUUUUAAGUGUU